AUGAACUACCUCAACCACUUUGAGCGUCGCAACAAUGCUUUGCGCGUGAACCCCAGCGUGAAUAGUGCAGGGAGUGCCGACAUUGCCAUUACCACCCGCGGAUCCGACUGGUACUGGACCGUCACGGCUGUCAUGGCGUUGAGCACCUUCAUUUUUGCCGGCCUCGCUCUCACCAAGCCUCGCCAAAACCGCAUUUUCCACUACAUCACCGCUGCCGUCACCAUGACUGCUGCUGUUGCCUACUUCUCCAUGGCAUCCAACCUUGGCUGGACUCCCAUCCCCGUCGAGUUCCGCCGCGGCGACCCCAGAGUCAGGGGCGUCAACCGCGAAAUCUUCUACGUCCGCUACAUUGACUGGUUCAUCACCACGCCUCUUCUGCUCAUGGACCUCCUCCUCACCGCUGGAAUGCCUUGGCCCACGCUCCUCUGGGUUAUUUUUGUCGAUUGGGUCAUGAUUGUCACCGGUCUCGUCGGUGCGCUCGUCAGGAGCUCGUACAAGUGGGGUUACUUCGCCUUUGGCUGCGCUGCUCUCGUCUACAUUGUCUACCAGCUCGCGUGGGAAGCCCGCAUCCAUGCUAACCACCUCGGCAACGACGUCGGCCGCACAUUCCUCAUGUGCGGCUCGCUCACCACCGUUCUUUGGAUCUGCUAUCCCAUCGCUUGGGGCGUUUGUGAGGGCGGCAAUAUCAUUGCUCCUGACUCCGAGGCCGUCUUCUACGGUGUGCUCGACCUCCUCGCCAAGCCCGUCUUCGGAGCUCUGCUGAUCUGGGGCCACCGCAACAUCGAUCCCGCCCGCCUCGGUCUCCGCCUUCGCGACUAUGAUGAGGACCCCGCCGUCAUUGGCGGUGCCGUUGGUCACGAGAAGAGGCAUGCCACCAACGGUCACUCGAAUGGCGCCACCAAUGGUACCAAUGGCACCGAUGCCGCCGCCGCAGAGUCUACUCCGGCCACCACCACUGUCUGA